AUGUCUGUCACGUCCCCGUCUUGCCGAACCAAGUCAAAGAAUGGCUGCAGAACAUGUAAAAUCCGCAAAAUCAAAUGCGACGAGCUGAUGCCAGAGUGCCGACGGUGUACUUCCACUGGACGGAAAUGUGACGGCUAUGGGAUAUGGGGAGGCGGCGGUGCUGGUGGUGGAAAUACAAACCCAUCCCAACAGCGCCAUCGUCCUCAGCACGCGAGGAAUGCUCUCGCAGAACACCGUGCUCGCUCCCCGCUUACCUGUCUCAGCACCUUCUGCGUCUAUCCAGCUAGCGCCCUAGAUGCACGCGAAAAGUACCACUUGGAGUGGUUCUGGUGUCGGACUGCCAGGAAGAUCCAGGGGGCUUUCUUUUCGGAUGUUGGGAAUACUGUGUUAUUCCAGGCCAGUGCCACCGAAUUGGCUGUGACCCAUGCAGUGUUGGCCCUGUGUUCCAUCCACAAGGGUGCCGAUAUGUCUAUCCUUCUCCAGCAUGAAGAAAGCUUCGCCUUGGUCCAAUACAACAAGGCGAUCAGAUACCUACAGCCUAGGCUGAUGGCCAACGACCGGAUGUCACUCCGCCUGUCUCUCCUGUCGUGCAUCGCAUUCGUCUUCUUGGAGUUCUUUCGCAGCCAUUACCAAACCGCCAGAAGCCAUCUUGAGCACGGACUCAGAAUGUUGGACCACCUGCAAGCUCUCUCAAGUACAACUAGAAGCGAGGGCAUUGGCGGCAAGCAAAGCAGCUCCUUCGUCGAUGACUGGAUUGUGCGCAACUUCAGAGGAUUGUACCUGCAAUCUACAUUAUUUGGUCAACAACCGCGCCGCCCCUGGGUUGUCGUCGACGGCUUGAAGCACAUCUCCGAGAUUGCCACGUUCUCUUCUGCGCAUCAGGCGAGGGGAUAUCUGGAAAAUCUGCUGCUCAGGACCUGUCAAGGGGCAGAGACUCAUUCGAAGCAGUCUUCAGAUUGGUCUGAUGAAGCACGUCCAACGCAACAGCCGUCAAAAGAGAUAGAGCGCGAUCUCCAAUCAUGGAAAUUGGUUCAUGACAGGACCUUAGCCAUGUUCAAGUCCACAAUGAAUGGUCUCGAGGUAUUUGCGUACCGGCUGCUUUGCGUCUACUACACCAUGGCCGAAAUCAUGGUUGACACCGUGUGCCAGACAAAGGAAUCGAGGUUUGACCGUCAUACACCACGCUUUGUGUCGAUGAUCGAGCAAGCAGUGCACUUGCGCCAUAUGGCGUUGACGAGCAAGAUCCGCCAGAGGUAUUUUGGAUCAGAACAAGGGCUGUCGCAUUCGAUCGCUGACAUGGGAUUAAUCGCGCCACUGUUUUACCUUGCCGUGAAAUGUCGGGUGCAUUGCCUUAGACUCCAGGCCAUCAAAUUGAUCGACGAAACUCCCCGCAAGGAGGGUAUCUGGGAUGCUACUCUUGCUGCGCAGAUUGCAAGGAAGGUAAUGGCGGUUGAAGAAGCAAGCAUCUGCACCUCAGACGUGUUCGUCGAUGACUUGCUCUUCACGGAUGUGCCCCGUGAACAGCUCCAGUCGUCUCCUGUCCCGGCAGCCUCAGACCUAGUAGAAGCAGUUGAAGUCUUGCUGCCCGAUAGCCCUUGGGAUCCUGUCACACUGAAAUGCACUUAUCAAGACAACACCAAAUGGAACACUUACCAGAUUGAGCGGGCAUGA